UGACACCAGACACGAUAUCCAAUCGACAGAAACUGAGCCACACUUGCUGAUCUGGAGGACGAACUGCAGCUGCAGGCCAUUUCCCAAUCAUCGAUCUGUGCACGGACAACAAACACAUCAUGUCGACGUUGCGGCGUUCUCUGCUACCGAUCAUCCUCCUGCAGUUGCACACGCUCUCCGGCGGGCCGGCGGCGGCGAAGGUCCCGGCGGUGAUCGUGUUCGGCGACUCGACGGUCGACACGGGCAACAACAACUACAUCUCCACGGUCAUCAGGAGCGACUUCGCGCCCUACGGCCGCGACCUCCGGGUGGGCGGCGGCGGCGGCGGCCAGCCCACCGGCCGGUUCUCCAACGGCCGCCUCGCCGUCGACUUCAUCUCCGAGGCUUUCGGGCUGCCGCCGCUCGUGCCGGCGUACCUGGACCCCAACGCCGACAUGAGCAGCCUUGCGACCGGCGCCUGCUUCGCCUCCGCCGGCGCCGGCUACGACAACGCCACCUCUGAUCUUUUCUCCGUCCUGCCGCUGUGGAAGGAGCUUGACUACUUCAAGGAGUACGCCGCCAAGCUCCGGAGCUUCCUGGGUGACGACAAGGCGGAGGAGACGCUGUCGGAGGCGCUCUACAUCGUCAGCAUGGGCACCAACGACUUCCUGGAGAACUACUACGCCGUGCCGUCGGGCCGCGCGGCGCAGUACGCGGCGGCGUCCGAGUACGCCGGCUACCUGCUCGGCGUCGCGGAGGCUUUCGCGCGCGCGCUGCACGCGCUGGGCGCGCGCAAGCUGGACCUCAACGGGCUCCCGCCGAUGGGGUGCCUCCCGCUGGAGCGCCGCGCGGCGACGGGCGCGUGCACCGAGGAGUACAACGCCGCGGCGCGGGGCUUCAACGCGGGGCUCCGGGACCUGGUGGCGCGGCUCGACAGCGCCGGCGCCGACGACGGCGGGCUCGGCGGCGGCGCCAGGGUGGUGUACGGCGACGUGUACGGCGCCGUGGCGGAGGUGCUCGCGGACCCGGCGGCGCACGGGUUCGAGGACGUCGGGGCCGGGUGCUGCGGCGCGACGGGGCGGUUCGAGAUGGGGUACAUGUGCAACGCGGCGAGCCCGCUGACGUGCGCCGACGCCGGCAAGUACGCGUUCUGGGACGCCAUCCACCCCACCGAGCACCUCCACCGCUUCAUCGCCGACCGGAAAAUGAACACCACGCUCUACGAGUUCCUCUAGUCAAACGGUGAUGGAACAAGGUAGCAGGCGGAUCUUGCUCGAGUGCUCGACACACACCAUGAAUCGUUGUCAACAACACCAAAUCAUCAAUCCAUGAAUCGUCGUUCGAUGUGGUUGCUCAACUAUUGGUUGCAUCUUGCAUCUGUAAACGGACACGUGCGCGAGCGCGCGCGCGCGGCAUAUGUUGGUGAGUUGGACAUUUUCGUUUCUUCGUGCGAAACGGUGAGAUCAAUGGGGUGGGGCCGUUGGGGCAUGGUGCUGGUUACCUGACUCCGCUAAGCGCUA